AUGCUGGUCUCGGGGAUUGAGCAGUUUUCACUUUCCCAAAUUCAACUUGUGAGUUUUCUAGGGUUUGCUCGAUCGAUCACCAUCACCAUAGUUCUCAAACCCUGCGUACUCGAGACGACGAAGAGAGAAGGAGACUCGAGGAUUGAAGAAGGACGCAGUGAUGGGAAAGUCAAAAUUGAGGAGCGUCGUGAUACUAGAGCUGAUAAUGAUAUCCUAAAGGCGCCCGAAUGGGAUGUGGACAGCUUCGAUGGUUUAGAGUAUUAUUCAUCUUCGGAUCCCGCCUCUGAUGAGCAGCUUUCAUCUGACGAGCUGGAGGCUUUAGAGAACUACAACAUCGUUAAACGCCAGCUGAUCGACAGCAAGGGAUUUUACAUGGAUCCAGAGCGUAGGCUAAGAUAUUUCUACAAAAACAUCUCUACUACAAGUUUGGACCGGAAUGCACUUUGGGGCAAAACCUUUCGUGAGUACUGGGAAGAGAUGGUACAUGUCUGUCUCCAAAAACACAACCAAGACAACCAAGACAAGGUGUGUAAUGUGGAGUUCGUUGAAGUUGUGAGAGGUAAUUAUCGCGGAGGAGCAAGAUCCAAGUCAUACAUUACGUUUAUGGCUAGGGAGAAGCCGGAUGGACCUCUUGUGGAGUAUCAAGCUAAGUGUAUGGUUACUUUGGACAGAAAGAGGCAUCCCGUCCUCUGUAGACCGUCGUCCACUACACCAAAGCCUUGAAACCAAACUUGUUUAAGGUAGGGGUUGCUCUUAGCCAGUUCAGAUUUGCUGUGUCCAUGCUCAAACGUGAUUAGGUAUAUGUAUGUCAUAAUGUGUGGUUGAAUCUGAAGAUUUUAUAUUCUCAUCUUUAGACAAGAGAUGAUUCUAUAGGAAAAUGUACAAUGUAAACUAUAUUGUUUGAAUCUGUGGGUUCAAUUUCCGGCA